AUGGUUCGACCUCUUCAUUUGACACGCACAGCCUCCCCUCAUCUAUCUGCCCUGAGCGUCGUUCGUCCCCAUCUCUCCUCCGCUGCCAUCACCCAUCUCAUCUCCCGCUACCUUCAUCUCUCCACCAUCACUGCUGCACGGUUGGCAUUGCAGCUCCAGGCCGUGAUCAUGGCGCCGCCGCUCGUCGUUCUCCUCCUCCUCCUCUGCCUUGCCGUCUCGUCGAGAGACGCCGCCGUGCUAACCCGCCGUGACUUCCCCGACGGGUUCAUCUUCGGCGCGGGCACCUCGGCCUUCCAGGUGGAAGGGGUUGCUGCAGAAGAUGGGAGGAAGCCCAGCAUCUGGGACACCUUCACCCAUCAAGGUUACUCCUAUGAUAAAUCUACCGCAGAUGUUUCAGCAGAUCAGUAUCAUCAUUACAAGGAUGAUGUAAAACUUAUGUAUGAGAUGGGUUUAGACGCAUACAGAUUCUCCAUCGCAUGGCCCCGGCUUAUACUAGAUGGAAGAGGAGAGAUCAAUCCAAAGGGCCUGGAGUACUACAACAACUUAAUAGAUGAGCUGAUACGUCAUGGCAUACGACCUCAUGUCACAAUCUACCAUUUCGAUCUCCCCCAGUCCCUUCAGGAUGAAUAUAAUGGACUGCUCAGCCCCAGAUUCAUAGACGAUUACACCGCGUAUGCUGAAGCCUGCUUUGAGAGCGCAUUCAAUAUGAAGCAGAGGGACUACUAUGCCGACGCAUACGCCAUCGCAAAUCCGUACAACGCUAUCCAAGAGGUAUUUAAAGGGGAAUCUGCUGUCGUGAUGAAAAAACCGGUUCACAUGGAAAAACCUCUACCUCCCCGUCCUCGUCCCUCUCUUCUCCUCCCCCUAUCUCUCUGCCUCGCCCACGUCUCGCCUCUCCCGUAUCGGCGGACCGGAUUUCAAACCCGCGUCAGGUCGACGAGGGCCAGGUCUUCGCCGCCACCGCUCCCCUCGAUCCAUCGGCGUGCCUGA